GGGAACUAAGUUAGGAGUUCAGCCACAGCAAAACAAACCCAGAGAAGUACAGGAAAGGAAAAAAAUAAAAUAAAAAUCUCUUUCAGCUCGAAGUUCCACUACUAUCCCAGCCCUGUCAUUUAACAGAAGUUUUUUCCAUCAGAAAAAGAAGAAUUUCAUCAAAACCAAAAGAGAUUGUUCAGAUUUCACAACUCUAAAUGAUGUUGGGAAAAAAGUUGGUGACUGCACAGAAGCGAGGGGAGACAAGAGCCCUGUGCCUGGGACUGGGAAUGGUCGCAUGUUCCAUGAUGAUGUACUUUUUUAUUGGGAUCACCAUUGUGCCAUUCUACACUCAAAGUGUUUGGACAGCAGAAACUGUGUGCAAGGUACUCAAAGCCAACAUCAAGGACAAAGUUCUCAGCCCAAACAGCAAAGGCUCAGAGGAUGAGGAUAUCUUUCCUUACCCAUGUCUACAGGUGUGGGUUAAUGUGACAGCCUCAGGACAAGAGGUUAUGCUGUAUCAAACUGAAGAUACACUGGAAAGAAAUUCUAAGUGCUCGUACGUCCCAGGCAAGUCGGAGAACUCUAAAGAAGUUAAAGCACGAAUAGAAACAAUUGCAAGCAAUUUCAAAACACACCAGACUUUCCCGUGCUACUAUGACCCAGGAGGAACACAGACCAAUGUCAUUUUUAGCAGACUUUAUCCCCCAAAAGGCCUCCUCUUUGCUUUCCUUUGGCCUACACUCAUGUUUAGUGGUGGAUGUCUGAUUAUUGUUCUGGUAAAAAUUAGUCAGUAUGUUUCCAUUCUUUCUGCUUGGCAGUAAAAAAUAAAUAGUACAGAUAGUUGCAAGAUAUUCAAGUGCCUUUGUUCUGCCUGUCUUUACCUGUAUUUUGUGACUUUUAAUAUACCAGAUGUCAAUGCAAGGGCAGGCAUUCCGAAAAACCAAACAGCACCCACUAUGGAUGGCAAUCCGUUACAAAAUAUAAAAUUGAUUCCCAGGAAUGCCUGAAAAUACCUCAUAAGAACACAGACCAAGUUACUAUCUGUUGUUGUUUCCUUUGGUUUUCUGAGGUACAGUUGCUUUACAGAACUACAAUUCAAGUUGAGUAUUAAACUCUUGUUCCACAUUUUAGACAGGGUCCUAAUUUUCUGUCUGGUUGAAACCAGUCGGUGCCAGAUCCAUAUACAUCAUUACUGGUUGACACACUCUUUAUAUACUUCAUUACUGAUACAGUAUGUAUUCAUGGCGUAUUCGUCUGUCAAGAAAAGAAGGUUUUUUAUGGUCCAAAAAGA